UCAAAAAACCCUGUCCCUCAUCGUUUGUCUCGCCCUUUUCAACUUCCUCAAUGUUCUUUUCAAAGACUCGGUCUUUGCCUCCAAAUCUAUGCCCUUUAAUUUCCAGUAUUUUUAUUGGUUUUUAUUUUUAAUAUUAAAAAACUCGGAUUUGCUGGGUUUUGUUUGCAAAUGUUGUUUCUUGUUCGGUAUUGCCUAUGCUGCUGUGGGGAUCUACGUUGUUGCUUUCUGUUUCCGACCAUUUUUUCAUAGCAAAAUCCGUGUGUGCACAAUUGAAACAAAUCACAUAGAAGUGAAUUUUUUUGCCCCAAGAUUGUGUGUGAAUCGAAUCACAGGGGUCCAAGAUUUGUGGAGAAGAUGUUGUGUGCUUGUUCAGGAGAGCAAUUCAAAUUCGAGGAGCCGCCGCAGUCCCCGGAGUCCCUUGCCACGAGGGACUUCUCGGCGAGUUGCCUUUCGUCUAGGACCGGCGACUGGGAGUCCAAAUUUGAAGACAUUCAAGUGGAUGAAGCUGAAUCCACUCUUAAAGAAGCUCUAUCUUUGAAUUAUGAGGAAGCUAGAGCUUUGUUGGGGAGGCUUGAAUUCCAAAGGGGGAAUUUUGAUGCUGCACUUCAGGUGUUUCAAGGUAUUGAAAUUAGAAAUUUAACCCCGCGGAUGGCCAAGGCUAUCGUGGAGAGAACUAGGCAAAGAAAGCCGCGCACGAAAGGAGAUACUGUGGUUCUUCCCAGUGUAAUGUCAAUGCACUCUGUGAGCCUACUUAUUGAAGCAAUAUUACUCAAGGCAAUAUCAUUGGGAGAACUUGGAAGAUAUAUAGAUGCUGCAAAGGAGUGCAAAGUUAUUCUUGAUACGGUUGAAUCAGCUUUACCUAAUGGAAUGCUUCAAGACAUUGGCGAGGACUGCAAAUUGCCAGACAUGUUUCACAAAGCGCUCGAGCUGCUCCCCAAUUUAUGGACAAAGGCAGGCUAUCUUGAUGAGGCUAUUACUGCAUAUCGCCGGGCUCUAAUCAAGCCAUGGAAUUUGGAUCCGGAGAGGUUAGCUGCUAUUCAGAAAAGCUUAGCUUGCACAUUACUCUACGGCGGUGUUGAAGCAAACCUUCCCCCUCAUUCACAAAUAUGGGGCAUAACUAUGCCUAAAAAUAAUACAGAAGAAGCAAUUCUGUUGUUGGUAAUUCUUAUGAAAAAGGUGGCUUUGCGAGAGAUAAAGUGGGAUCCAGAAAUCAUGGAUCAUCUGACUUAUGCUCUUUCUCUUACCGGAUUGUAUGAAUUAUUAGCAGAUCAUGUGGAGCAGGCUCUUCCGGGAUUAUAUAGACGAGCGGAGAGAUGGUACUUUCUUGCUCUUUGUUAUAGUGCCUGUGGAAAAAAUGAAGUAGCCUUGAACCUUUUGAAAAAGGUUGCAGGCUGUUUGGAAGCAAAGAACAAGCCUCACUUCCCUUCUUUUCUGUUGGGAGCAAAAUUGUGCUCACAAGAUCCAAUUCAUGCUCGCGAAGGGAUAGAAUUUUCGCAUAAAGCUAUUGACUUGGUGAAUCAUCAAUGCGAGCAUUUCAUGGGUCAAUGCCAUAAAUAUCUUGGUGUUUGCUAUGGCGGUGCAGCAAGAGCUUCUCUGUCGGAUUCUGAAAGAGUGUCUUUUCAAAGUGAAUCCUUGAACUCUCUAAACCUUGCUGCUCUUAACGGGAAGGAGGAUCCCGAGGUGGUGUUUAGUCUGGGCCUCGAAAAUGCAGUGCAAAGAAAUCUGGAUGCAGCUUUCAGUAACGCAAUGAAGUACUCAGAUAUGGUGGCUGGCAGCUCAGGACAAGGUUGGAAGCUAUUGGCGCUUAUAGUUUCCGCAGAGCAGCAGUUCAAGGAUGCUGAAACAAUAGUUGAUUUUGCUUUGGACGAAGCCGGAAGAGUGGAUCAGUUAGAACUGCUCAGACUGAAAGCUGUGCUUCAAGUUGCUCAGGAACAUCCUAAGCAAGCAAUAGAAACCUACAGAAUGUUGCUAACUGUUGUCCAAGCACAAAGGGAUCAAAAAGCGAAAAACUCCGAGCAAGAGAAACCCUUUGAUUCUGAGGCAUUUGUGGAAAGAAAUUUGGAAAAGGAAGCCUGGCGGGACUUGGCAACCGUUUAUACAAAACUUGGUUUGUGGACUGAUGCAGAAAUAUGCGCCAACAAAGCCAAGUUGAUUGAAUUCUAUUCACCCCAUAGUUGGCAUACGACAGGUAAGUUAUUUGAAGCUCAAUCGCAAUACAAGGAAGCCCUGAUUUCCUUCUCGGUCUCAUUGUCGAUAGAGCCAGAUUAUGUUCCAAGCAUCGUUUCGACUGCAGAAGUGUUGAUGAAACUCGGUAGCCAGUCACUCCCUAUAGCAAGAAGCUUUCUAAUGAACGCGCUGCGAUUAGAACCGACAAACCACGAGGCGUGGUUGAACCUCGGAUUGAUUUCAAAGAAGGAAGGAUUGUUACAAGAAGCAGCAGACUUUUUUCAAGCUGCGCACGAGCUUCAGCUUUCAGCUCCAGUUCGAAGCUUUCUGUAAUAGUUAGUGGAUUCCUAAUUAUUCGUAAGAUUAGAGGUGAUUACUUGUUCCACUGACCAUUGCUUGGUAUCAGAUUCUUAUGAUUGGAAUGUACAUAUCUAUUCACUA